AACAGCACCACAGCGAGCUGAUGCGCGUCGCUAUUGGACGCAGCAGCAGGUUGGACUCCAGCUCCCCGCUGCCUGUUACUCAAACGCAGGCAGAGCGUGUGGCCAGUCGCUCGUGUUUGCGCGCUGGAUAUGGAUCAGGACCCCGCGCGCCUCCCUGCUGUCUCCCGCGGACGGGCUGCAAUCUGCGGCGCGUAAAGGUGCCCAAAUGAAUCACCCCCUUCCCGGCUCCUCCGGCGGGCAAUGGCUUAAAAGAAGAGACAUGAGUGUCUGGACGGAGGAAAGCAUCACAUUGUGCCAAAGGGCUCUACAAAUCAUCACGGACCUUUGUCUCACGGGACACGUAGACCGGGAGAAAUGCUCGGAUAUAUUUCCCCUGGAGAGCAACAUACCAGGUAAAGGAAACGCAGACAUCUCUAUUAGUCUCCUUGCUGUGGUCGUGGGUUUCUGUGGCCUCGCCCUGUUGGUAGUCUCUCUCUUUGUCUUUUGGAAGCUGUGCUGGCCCAUUUGGAGGAGCAAGACUCUGUCAGGUCACGCCGAAAAUGGCCUCCAUGUGGGUUUCCCCGUGGCGCCUCCACCCCACUCCCCACCGCCCAGCGAGUGCAAGGCGCCGGAGGUGGAGAAGAAAUACCCGCUGGAGAGGGUGAAGGUGAAUGGACGGAGCACGGUCAAGCUCCUGGAGGCGGCCAUGAAGAUCAGCCAGACGUCUCCGGACAUCCCCGCCGAGGUGCAGACCGCCUUGAGGGAGAAGCUCAGCAAGCAGGCCAAGUUCCAGAGGCAAACCACCGAGCCAACCUCCUCCUCCAGGCACAAUUCAUUCCGGCGCCACCUGCCUCGUCAGAUGAAUGUCACAAGUGUCGACUUCAGCAUGGAUAAAGUGCCUCUUCGCCAGUCCUCAACUGUGAGCAUUGGAAGAAUAAAACCAGAACUCUACAAGCAGAAAUCGGUGGACUCAGAGGAUGGGCCCAAAGAGCCUGUGGAGACGUGCGGAAAGCUCAGCUUCUCGUUGCGCUACGACUACGAGGAGCAGUCGCUGGUGGUGACAAUCCUCAAGGCCUUGGAGCUGCCUGCCAAAGACUUCUCGGGCACCUCCGACCCUUACGUUAAGAUCUACCUUCUACCGGAGAGGAAGAAGAAGUUCCAGACGCGCGUCCAUCGCAAGAACCUGAACCCUACUUUCGACGAGAGCUUCUGUUUUCCUGUGUCUUACGAUGAGAUCUGCAACCGCAAGCUGCACUUCAGCGUCUACGACUUCGACCGCUUCACCAGCCACGAUAUGAUUGGCGAGGUGGUGGUGGACAACCUCUUUGAACUCUCUGAUCUUUCCAGGGAGGCUGUAGUGUGGAAGGAUAUUCAUGCAGCAACUAUGGAGAGUGUUGAUCUGGGUGAGAUCAUGUACUCGCUGUGCUACCUCCCCACAGCAGGCAGAAUGACCCUAACUGUCAUCAAAUGCAGAAACCUCAAAGCCAUGGACAUCACAGGCUCGUCAGACCCUUAUGUGAAGGUCUACCUGAUAUGUGAUGGACGGAGGUUAAAAAAGCGAAAAACAACCACCAAGAAAAGCACGCUCAAUCCUGUCUACAACGAGGCCAUCAUCUUCGACAUUCCCCCGGAGAACGUGGAACAAGUCAGUCUGUCCAUCAUGGUGAUGGAUUAUGAUCGGGUCGGACACAAUGAAGUGAUUGGUGUGUGUCACUCCGGGCCAGAAGCAGAGGGUCUUGGACGAGAUCACUGGAACGAAAUGUUGGCUUACCCGCGGAAGCCCAUCACACACUGGCACGCUCUGGGAGAGUGGCCUGGAAGAGCAGCAAGCUUUGAGAGUCAAGGUUCGUGUCCUUCUCCCAAACCUCCGCAGACACCCUGACAAUCGCGGGUAGAGUGGAAACACGUCAGCCCUGUGAGGAAGCAGGCAGUCGCUAAGAAGUUGUGUAGCUUAUGAGUCUCUUGUGAGCAUGUUGUAUGACAAUUCAUUCUGAUGCCUUUCUUGUAUGUUUAUGAAAAACAAAGUAGUAUUGAAAUUGAACUCGGGUCCUUCACAUGCUCUCUGAGCUGGCUAUGCACAGCACUCACUCUCAUGCAGUUUAAUAUUUUGUUUUUCAUACACCUGCUUUGAAAUUCUCAUCAAGGCUUAACUAGCCAAACAUGUUCAUAUACAUCAUGAAUGGUAGGCCCCCCUGCAAGAAAUCAUUGGUGAUUAACUUGCAACCUUUUCAUAAACUUUUUUCUGGCUCUAGAGCUCUAUAGGGACUUAGCAUUUUGCUUUGAAAAUGGCACAAAGUUAAAGGGCUACCCUCCUCAAUAAUGCCAUUAAAACAUAGAUAGAACACAGUCAAUAAAUCCAGUGAGUCUUGAUUCAGGUUUUGGCUGAAGAAUGAAUGUGACUGAGGGUAGUUUUCAGAAGACUUUUUCUCUUGUUAAGUUGGAAAUACAAUUGAUAAAGCUUACAUCUAACCUCUGUCUUGCUAAUCCAAGGACAGGUAUAUGAGCCAAGCAACAUGAUGAAAUAGUCAUGUCUUACAUUUUCCUUAUCAUUAUUGCUAGCUCUACACUGAAAUACAAGAACAAUGUCUCUUUCAUGGUAUGGGUGCUGAUAUUUUCUGCCUAGGAUAGCUACUUAAGCCUCAGCCUUUUAGCAUGAUAUCAAGUACUGUAUGUGGUCAUCUGGUUUUUGGUACGUAUUAAAAGCGUUUUAAAAGCCAACCAGUGACAGUGGCUGCGGUCUUUAUUGCUCAGGAAGUUUGAAGUCACCAAAAAGUAUUAAUGAAAAGACUAUUCGACCGCAGCCAGCAUUUAACAAACUCAUGAAGAACGUUAGCUUGAUUAUUUAGCUAGCAGAUCAAAUCUGCUAGCUAAAUAAAUCAUACCCAAAUUAUUGACUGUUUUGUCAACCUCUGACUACAUUAGCAACCCAGUCUCAUGGCAUUUCGUGUUCACCAACACGAUUUUUAAUCUAUUGAUUCGU